ACUGAUAAUUUAUAUUCGUACAGGUUGUACACUUAAUCGCCAACUAGAGUGGCCUUGCCGCCAUUUUAUACUUCUCUGGCUCACAUGGGGGCUGUGGUUGUGUCCCACAUAUAAAGCUCAACAUGAACAAUAGCUCAAGAAGAAGUUCCUCCUUUCUCCAUUUCUGAACCAAAACCCUAAUUUCAAUCUCACAGGAGUGAGGUUUCUUCUUCCAUGAAAUCGCAAUCGGAGGAUGUUACCAACAACAACAAUGACGGAAAGUCCAAGAAAUCGAUCCCUCCCUACAUGAAGGCGAUCUCCGGUUCGUUUGGGGGAAUCGUUGAGGCUUGCUGUCUUCAGCCCAUUGACGUCAUCAAAACCCGGUUGCAGCUCGACCGAACUGGUAAUUACAAGGGAAUUAUUCACUGCGGUGCUACGGUAUGCCGUACGGAAGGUGUCCCGGCUCUGUGGAAGGGUUUGACCCCUUUCGCCACUCAUUUGACUCUCAAGUAUGCGCUUCGUAUGGGGUCUAAUGCUGUGCUUCAAUCCGGGUUUAAGGAUUCUGAGACUGGGAAGAUUAGUAAUCAUGGUCGGCUUCUCUCUGGGUUCGGAGCUGGGGUUCUUGAGGCACUUGUUAUUGUGACGCCGUUUGAGGUGGUAAAAAUUAGAUUGCAGCAACAAAAAGGGUUGAGUACUGAACUUCUAAAGUACAAGGGUCCCAUACACUGUGCCCGUACAAUUAUUCGAGAAGAGGGUCUUCGUGGACUCUGGUCAGGUGCAGCCCCAACUGUUAUGCGCAAUGGAACUAACCAGGCUGCCAUGUUUACAGCAAAGAAUGCUUUUGAUGUCGUCUUGUGGAAGAAACAUGAAGGAGAUGGGAAAGUCCUACUACCGUGGCAGUCUAUGAUAUCAGGAUUUCUCGCAGGUACAGCAGGUCCUGUGUGCACUGGGCCGUUCGAUGUUGUGAAAACAAGGUUGAUGGCUCAGAGCCGAGGAGGGAAUUUGAAGUACACAGGUAUGAUCCAUGCUAUCAAGACGAUUUACGCAGAGGAAGGGCUUCGCGCCUUGUGGAAAGGACUACUCCCCCGGCUGAUGAGGAUCCCACCUGGUCAGGCCAUUAUGUGGACUGUGGCUGAUCAAUUAGCUGGUUUGUAUGAAAGGAGAUAUAUUGUCAAUGCACCUUGUAGGUGAGGAUAAACAUGGUUCUGCAUUUUUCCUUGAUGUGGUUCUUUCUUAAUGCCAUUGCAAGGACAUAUUCGUUGGUUAGUCCUCUUGAACGUUUCAUUGGUUUAUUUCAUUACUAAUCUUAUGAAUCAGUUUUGAAGGUCUCAUGUAUGAAUAAUCAACCCUUGAUUUGAUUAACGUAGUAAAACAAUAAGAAAAGCAAGAGUAGUAUUAGUAUAUGAUAUGGUUGCAGGAAGACUCGAGCAUUUGAUUGUAUUGAAUUGAAGGGCCCCUCUUAAUGGUAGAAGAUAUGGGUUUUGCCAGUUUUUA